UCUAUCGUGUGGGACGUCUCCCCCACCCCCACCACCGCCAACGCCACUGCCAUCGCCCUCGCUGUACCUCGCUGUACCUCGCUUCGCUUCUGUUCGCUACUGAUCUCCCCGUACAUCGCCUUCCCCCUUUUCGGCCGUCGAAUUCCAGAGUUGCCCUUUCCUCCGGCCGCUCUUUGCUUCAGAACCUCCAUGAUCAAGCGACGCAAAGAGGACCAAUAGGCGAUCUCUCGAUUUGUCGCCCUCCCAUCCUACCGUGGAUCACCCUCUUCGACGCUUUUUCCAAAGUAAAGCGGGGUCGAUUCACCGCUGCCUUCUCUCAGAGUUCGGCGAAUGGUCCUUGUCGGCUUCCAUUGUUAUGCCUAAGCAACCCUAGAGUGCAUCCCCUUCUUUUUUUUUGGUUUGCAACCCCAGCAUGGACGCCACUCCAUGCCUUCUAACCCCUUCGCUUUCAGCUCUACCUCUCCGAUCCCAAGCUACAGCAUCAUCAGCAUUGUCUUCGACUUAGUGACAUGAGGCGAAACCACUACAAAGAAAAAAACUUCUUAUUCUUUUGGAUGCCACCACGUUCUCCUGCCAAAGUGCUACAGGUUCUAUCAUCAACUUCUGAUCGUCACUUUCGAGCUUGUCUUAUAGUGUUAGCAUGUGAAACAGUUUGAGUGAAGACAAUUACCAAAGCUGUAGUACAGUGCUACUGAGGAAACUUGCCUCUUUUAAGGAUGUGAAGCGAAACCUGAAGGUUAGUUAGAAGUUGAAGCAGCCAAGAAAGUUUUGGCCCUAGGAAUCUGAAGGUUGCUUAUGGUGUUCUCUGAGAAACAAACAUGGAACAUGGAUUAGAGAAGAGAUUUCCAACAAAUCCUAAUGACUAUAAGUUGUAUGAAGAAGUAGGUGAAGGUGUCAGUGCUACAGUCUACAGAGCUCUCUGCAUUCCUCUUAAUCAGAUUGUUGGUAUUAAGGUUCUUGAUCUUGAGAAGUGUAAUAAUGACCUGGAUGGGAUAAGACGAGAAGUACAAACAAUGAGUUUGAUUGAUCAUCCUAACACACUACGUGCUUAUUGCUCUUUUACAGUAGGCCACAACCUUUGGGUCGUGAUGCCUUACAUGGCUGGGGGUUCUGCCCUUCACAUAAUGAAAUAUGCUUAUCCAGAAGGCUUUGAAGAGCCGGUUAUUGCAACUCUCUUGUAUGAAGUUCUUAAAGCUCUUGCAUAUCUCCAUGCUCAGGGACAUAUUCAUAGAGAUGUAAAGGCUGGGAAUAUCCUAAUUGAUGCUAAGGGAGCUGUUAAAUUAGCUGAUUUUGGAGUCUCAGCUUGUAUGUUCGAUACUGGAGAUAGACAACGAGCAAGAAAUACAUUUGUUGGUACCCCAUGCUGGAUGGCUCCGGAAGUAAUGCAACAGCUACAUGGAUAUGAUUUUAAAGCUGACAUUUGGUCAUUUGGUAUAACUGCAUUAGAACUUGCGCAUGGCCAUGCUCCAUUUUCAAAGUAUCCGCCUAUGAAGGUGUUGCUUAUGACCUUACAAAAUGCACCACCAGGUCUUGAUUAUGAAAGAGACAAGAGAUUCUCAAAGUCUUUUAAAGAGAUGCUGGCCACUUGCCUAGUAAAGGAUCCAAAGAGACGCCCAACUUCAGAAAAACUUUUGAAGCACCCUUUCUUCAAACAUGCUCGCACAAAUGAGUAUUCAAUACAAACUAUCCUUGAGGGCCUUCCUCCUCUUGGUGAACGUUUUAAGGCACUCAAGGGAAGAGAGGCAAAUAUUUUGUUGCAGCAAAAUGGUGAACAGCAAGAAUACAUGACAGGAAUAAGUGGGUGGAAUUUCAAUCUGGAGGACUUGAAAUCCCAAGCGGCUCUUAUAUGCUCCUUGGAUGAUGUUCAUUGCACUGAAAAUCUAGAUGUCAAGACUAACCUUAAGAAAGGUUAUGGCAAUAUUGGUUCUUCAAGGCAUGAUGAGAAAGAUAAUUUUGCCAACAAUGAAGCUUCUAGGGAGGAUCUUCUGCAAGAUAUCCAAGAUUUGGAGGGUCCACUUGCAUCUGCAUUUUCAAGCCGCCCUCUUGAGGCACUCAAAGCUUGUUUUGAUGUUUCUGAGGACGUGAGCGCUACAACUUCUACUCAGGUGAUCCAGUCACAAUUAGACACUGUUACUUCACGACUUCAAGCAUCAGAAAUGAAGAACUAUAAAUUUGAUAUGGAUAAUGGGGCAGAUGUGGUAAACCCUUCUGUAUCUUUGAACACGGAUAGCCAUGUAUGCCAAAAAUUCUCAGUUGAUUCUCUUCUUCUUGAGCGCAUUCUUUCUUCACAUAGGAAUGUUGACACAGACACAGAGAGAGACUGCAUAAAAUGGAGUUGUCAGCGUGAAAGAAGUCACAGUGGUUCCUUGUUCCAUCAAAUAAAAGAUUUGCCAAAUGUUACAUCUGUGGUACAUGAAGAGCCAUUAGAAGGAAAAGUUAUCCAGCGUAAAGGACGUUUCCAGAUAACAUUUCCGAAUUCUAGCCCAAAGGUAGCUUCUUCAGUGAACUUAUUAACAUCUGCUGUGAACGCUGCUGCACUCAUUCCAUCCUUGCAAUUUUUAUGGCAUCAAAAUGCCAUGCAAAAGGAACUUCUGAUUAAAUUGAUCAAGUGUUUGGAGCAAACAUCUAUCAUAUCUGGAGGUAACCAUACAGAAGUUUCUGAUUAUAACACUGGUGAUUCACAGAAUAUUUCAUCCCCCUCAUCUAUGAUAAUGUGGGAAAAUCAAGUGCCCUAUUCCAUCCAGGUACGAAGAUACGGCCAAUUCACUAACUGUAAUCUGUUUUUAAAACAGUUGUCCCUGGCUUCAGCAAGUGAGAGGAUUUUGCAAGCUUACAUAACUACUCUGCAAAACAGUGUUUCAAGGUAUAGUGAAGAAGUGCAGGAGUUAAAACUGAAAAAUUUUCAUUUGAAACAACAGAUAAAUUCAUUGUCAAGUGCAAGGAAAGACGAAAAGAUUGUGAAGUAAUGAAGGGGACAAGAGUUCUUUUGUUCUAUUUUGUUAUUUUACUAUUGCAGAAGGGGUAGUUUCUCAUCGAAUGUGGGUGAUAUUUAUUGGACGCCAACUGUUUCAUCAUUAUUUUCCUGUAAUUUCUUGUAAAUUAGUCGAUACACACGAUUCCCAAUUUCAUUCUCGUAAUUAGGCAUGCAUACCACAAUAGAGCAAACAAUGUUUAAGUACCCAUUGUCCUCAAUUUUAUGGUUUCUUCUAUGAUACGAGGGACUAAAUUGGCGGUUCAAUUGGUGUAGUAGAAAAGCAUUAAUGUUUGUAAACUUAUAAUUUGAUUUGACUCUUUAA